AUGCGGAGCGUGGCCGUGCACCAUGCGCUGCGUGCGCCGCUGCGCCUGGCGCGUGUGCCUGUGUGCGGCUAUGCGACUGUCGCUAGGCCCCCGUCUAAGCGUGUGAUUUUGUCAGGCAUCCAGCCGACCGGCGUGCCGCAUCUCGGCAACUACCUCGGCGCCCUCAAAGCAUGGGUCGACCUGCAGAACACGGCCAAGCCGGACGAUGAGCUGUUCUUUUUCAUCGUCGGCCUGCACGCGCUGACCGUGCCGCAGGACCCCAAGCGGCUCUUCCAGGACCGCCGCAACAUGAUGGCCGCGCUCGUGGCGAUGGGCAUCGACACCGAGCGCUGCACGCUCUUUCACCAGGACGAGGUGCCGGAGCACGCCGAGCUCAUGUGGAUUUUGUCGUGCAUCACGUCGUUUGGUCGCCUCGAGCGCAUGACGACGUGGAAGUCAAAGCUGCAGACGCUCCACGAUAGCGAGCAGGUGUCCAGCGCGCAACUCCAGACCGGCCUAUUUACCUACCCCGUGCUGCAAGCCGCCGAUAUCCUUCUAUACCAUGCGACGCACGUCCCGGUCGGCGAGGACCAGACGCAGCAUCUCGAGCUGACGCGCGACCUCGCGCAGCAGUUCAACAACGCCGUGAAGAAGCCCUACUUUUACCAGCCCAACUGCCUGCUGACGCCGUCGAAGCGCAUCCUCUCGCUGCGCAACCCCGACCAAAAGAUGUCCAAGUCGGCGCCCGAUGCCAACUCGCGCAUCCUCGUCACCGACUCGCCCGCCGAGAUCCACGCAAAGGUCAAAAAGGCCGUCACCGACAGCGAGCGGAGCGUGACCUUUGAGCCGGAGCGCCGCCCCGGCAUGAGCAACCUCGUGUCGAUCUUGGCGGCGCUGGGCGGCGGCACGCUCGCGCCCCAGCUCUCGUCGCCAAACGCCUCGCCGGAGGAGGUCGCGCGUGUGCUCGACGUGGCGACCGGCGGCUCGGGUGCGCAGCUCAAGAGCAUCCUGGCCGAGAGCAUUAUCGAGGCGCUGCGCCCCUUCCAGGACGAGUACGCGCGCCUCAUCCAGGAGCCCGAGCACCUCGCGCAGCUCGAGGCGCGCGGCCGUGACAAGGCGCGGGAGCGUGCGUCGGCGACGAUGCGCGACGUGCGCCGCCUGCUCGGUCUUUCAAAGUAG